AUGCCGUACGUUUCGCAAAUUCAAUUCUCAACAUCUCAUCUUCGAAACAAUUUCAAGGUUUUGGCGCGAGACGCUUCCAACGUGUCAGACAUGGAUGUCAAACCAGUUCAGCCGUCUGCUACUCAAACAGCCCCCAGGACCGAGGCUCCGGCAGAAGAGCCCCCUACGUGCCGGGAAUGUCGGCGACGGAAAGUGAAAUGCGACGGUGUCAUGCCCGUCUGCACUAUUUGCAAGAAGUAUAGACGUCACUGUCUGUAUGACAAGCAUAGCAGAACCAGGUUGACCCGGAGACAACUCACCCUCUUGGAGGAACGUCUUGAAAAGGCUGAAACCGUUUUGAGGCGCCACUACACCGACAGUCAGAUUGCGGAGAUGUUGGAAGGACCCAAAGAAAGUCUAGUCUCACAAAAAGCGCCAGAGACGACACCAGCGCCUGCGCCAGUACCUGAAGCAACACCAACGCCUCCAACACUAGCACCAUCAGCAGGAUUGGCCAGCUUGCCAAAUCAAGGAAAUACCGACAAUCUACUACAGCUACCAAAUCAAACACCAGACAAUAGCCUUUACAUGACAGGCACAUCAAAUGCUGCAACCUUCACCACAGAUCCAUUCCUCUUGGCACCGAUUGGCGAAGCCGAAGCAACGGGAGGAAUUUGGACUGGGUCACAAGACACGCCGUUUGAAAUUAUAUCUUCUACAGCUGAUGACUUUGAAUGGAACGAACAGGAAACGUCGUGGGGUACUUACGAUCCAGCCAACUGGUCUAUCACAAACCAUGCCGAUGGAAACCCUUCGCAAGCCAUUAUGGACGGCAUGGCCUCUUUGACCAUCGGUGACCAAAAGAGAGGUUACUAUGGCGCUGCUUCUGGGUCCGCUCUUUUGCGGCAGAUCUUAUCUGCUCGUCCAGAUGGAGAGGAAGUUGACGCCGACGCGGCACUCCAUGAGAUCGAGUCUCUCUUCCAACAACACUCUGAUCAUUCGCAGUGGUUUCGUUCUCAGGCUAUGCUAACCAGAGUGGCGGUGGAGAACCUCAUCGACGCGUUCUUUGUCUUUUAUCAUCCUACGUUCCCCAUCGUUCACGAACCGACCUUCCGAGCGCAGUAUGCAGGGACUUUGCCUUGUGCUAACAAAGGCCACUGGAACACGCUCGCAAACAUCCUUGCGGCUUUGGGUUCAUUCGCGAGUAGCAACGUCGCCGAUGCUACUGAUCUACCAAUAUUCCAAGCAGCGCAAAAGAGUCUGUUCUCAAAUUACCUCGAGGUUGGCAAUUUGACACUUGUCCAAGCUUUCAGUUUGUCAUCGAAUUAUAUGCAGAAACGGAACAAACCGAACACUGGUUUCAACUAUGGUGGUAUAGCUAUCAGGUUGGCGAUAGGACUUGGUCUCCACAAAGACUUAGAAGGAAACAGCCUUUCUCCUCUGCAAAGCGAAACUCGACGUAGGAUAUGGUGGUGUCUGUGUGUUCUGGACGUGGGCGCUACUAUCACCUAUGGAAGACCCUUGAAUUGGCCGCAGGCUGGUGUCGAGACUGCGUUUCCUCAGAACAUACACGAGAAAGAUCUUACACAAGAUUCCACUCACUGCCCGCCUGAAGUAGAGGGCAUAACGAUGUACACAUACAUCCGCGUCCAGUCAGCCUACCACCUCAGCACAAUGCCUGUCUACAACCGUCUCAUCACCAGUCCUUUCCCAACAGCUACAGAGUUAAUUACUCUAGAUGACGUGUGCAUCGGCUCUUGGAUUGCUCAAGUACCAUACUAUUACCUUGCUCUUCCGCCACCAGAGUCUGAAUAUGCGCUUGGGAUGGGCAUUUCAGAAUGGCGCUAUCGAAAUCUCAGGAUUGUCAUGUACCGCCCUUUCCUAGUGCGUUGGGCGCGCUCGUCGGCUCAAAAUGCUCAGCAGAACUUGACGAGUAGUGAAAACUUGGCUGUUUUCAGAUGUCUCGAUGCGGCUAAGGAAUCCAUCACGCAUAUCCAAGGAUAUUGGACUUCUCGUUCACACUCAAGACUCGCUGCGUUUUAUAUCUUAUACUUCUUGUUCCACGCGACCUUGAUCCCAGUUCAUUGCCUACGACAGAACCCUCAUCACUCGCUAGCACCUGACUGGCGCUCACAGAUCCAAGCCUCUCUCGCCAUCAUGGGUGCCAUGGCUGAACUGAACCCCAACAGCUCCAAAUGUCGCGACAUCACACUCAAGUUGUGCUGGCCACAUUUGGAAGAAGAAGGUGCCCGCACAUAUUGCGACAACACAUCAUUCAUGACUGGCGUGGCUGAUAGUGAGGCGGCUUCUAUAAUUAAUGGUUACAAUACGUGGUGCGAGUCUAUGAGUAAUGCAGGGAUUUCGAUAUCGACUUAUGACUGGGCGGAUGACAAUGAUCCGGCAUUGAGUUUCUUCUGA